AUGGCGCAUCAGGAGCGCGUUGUCGCCUUGCUUCGCCAACCGAAUAGUAUGAUCGCAGAAGGCUUCGCGUUUAUGGAGGCGCAGUUUGUCGCAUUGCACGAAGAUAUCUAUGUGGCACAGCCUAAGGGCUUUGAGGAUCCAGUACAUCCAAAUCAUGUUUACAAACUUAGGAAAGCAUUCUAUGGACUCAAACAGGCCCCAAGGGUGUGGUAUGAACAACUGACUCAGUAUCUAUUACAUCAUGGCUAUGAUCGAGGAAGUGUGGACAAAAGGUUGCUUGUCAAGACCACUAGAAAUCAUGUUACAAUUGCUCAGAUCUACGCGGACGAUAUUGUGUUUGGAUCUACCCUACAGAAGUAUACUGAUGAUCUGGUGGAAGUCAUGAAUAAAGAAUUCGAAAUGUCCAUUGUUGGUCAAAUGACAUACUUCCUUGGUCUCCAAGUCAAACAAAGUUCCGAAGGUUACUUCAUCUCUCAAAAAAAGUAUGCUAAGAACUUAGUCAAAAAGUUCGAACUGGAAUCAAGCAAGACACCCAGGACUCUUAUUUCAACCUCCACAAAGUUGUCUAAAGAUGAUGCAGGUCCACCUAUAGAUUCCACAGUCUAUCGAAGUCUGAUUGGAAGUCUGCUUUACUUAACAGCCAGUCGUCCAGAUAUAAUGUUCAGUUUUGGCAUGUGUGCUAGACAUCAAUCAGCCCCUAAAAAGUCACAUUUGAUAGCUGCAAAAAGGAUCUUGAAGUACGUCAGGGGUACUAUUAAGUACGGAAUAUGGUACUCCAAGGAGAGUGAACUGAGCGUGACUGGAUACUGUGAUGCUGAUUGGGCAGGAAACAUUGAUGACAGGAAAAGUACAUCUGGUGGAUGUUUCUUUGUUGGGAAAGAACUUAGUAUCAUGGCUGAGCAAGAAACAAAACUUAAUUUCUCUGAGCACAGCUGA